GGGUACGGAUAUAUCUGGUGUCCAUCAUAGAUGUUAGAAUAAGGGGUGGGCCUGUCCGACGUAUUCCUCUUUCAUGUCGAACUCGGAGAAUUAGGGUUUUCCUUCUCUACUCCAAUUCCACCUUGCUUUCGCUUCAAAUGCAAUAACCCGGAAAAUGCUUCCAGAAUCAGUGAUAACGCAAAGCUCCGAUGCAAGUACCGUGGUAUCAGACGUUUCCGGCCACAGAUUCUACAAUUGGCUAUUCGAGUGUCAUGGAUUCUGGCAUAAUGCCAUUUUGUUGGUUCCUUCGAUUCUUUUCGUCUUGUACUUGGCACUGCAAGCUAGGCACAGCUUUCUCAAACUCUCCCUUGCUCGCUCUUAUAUCAUCAUUUCAUAUAAUGCUUCCCUCUGGCUCGUCUCCCUUCUCAAUCUCACUUGGUGCUUUUUCCAGGCAUGGGAGUGCACGCCGGGGAAAGAGCUGGCAUGGAACUUGUUAUCGUUGUUUACUACUUCUGGAAUGCUGUUUUUGGAAGUGAGCUUGCUGGCUUUUUUACUUCAAGGAAAUAACGCAGGUGGCUUGGAAGCAAUGACACGAACUUUUGGUAUCUCAGCGCUAGUUGUUGGUUUGGAUAUUUUGUUGAAGGCUAUGUACACAUUUGUUUUUGGGGUCCCAUUAUUCGUCGACAGCAAUGAACAUACUCAUCACGUGAAGUGGAAUUUGUGGGUUGUACACAAGCUGGUGCUCACUGCUGUUUAUGGCUUCAUAUUGUUUAUGUACCGUUCCGGGUGGAGAGAAAGGUUACCUGCAAAACCUGCUUUUUACAAGUACGUUGCUAUUAUGUUCAUCUUCAAUGCAAUUGCGAUGUUUGCUUGUGGACUUACUGGAAAUGGUGCUGCUUUUGGCUUGUGGUUAUAUCACGUCACAGUUGUCUGUUACCAUGCAUUUUAUCUUCCUCUUUUGUACACAACUUUCCUAGCAGACUUUUUUCAGGAGGAAAAUUUUCAUUUGGAAAAUGUUUAUUAUUCCGAGAUGAAAGAUGCUGGUUUCUUCGAUACAGAUUGGGAGUGAUGGAUCAACUUUUAAAUAACUCUCAUCGCAAUAUACUCAUUGCAAGGCAUCCCGAUCAGGACAUAUGUAAAUAAAGUAACUAUGUUAGUAAAAUGCACGUUUAAUUGUAAUAAACUUCAAAUGUUCUGUUAUUUACUAGAUUUGAUGUAAAACGUACAUAGAAUUUUUAUCUACUUCUACUUAGUGCUAUUUUCCGGUUCCU